UCACCAGGCACAACCGUGGGCUCCGAGUCAACUGGGAUGACCGCUGGCACUGGGUCAGACAUUGGAUCGUCUGGCUGGACAGCGGGCAUCGGGUCACCAGGCAUCAGGUCAUUUGGCUCGACAGCGGGCCACCGCGUCAUCUGGCAAGGCAGUGGGGCUCCGAGUCAACUGGUAUGACCGCGGGCACUGGGUCAGACAUUGGAUCGUCUGGCUGGACAGCGGGCACUGGGUCACCAGGCAUCAGGUCAUUUGGCUCGACAGCGGGCACCGCGUCAUCUGGCAAGGCAGUGGGCUCCGAGUCAACAGGCACGACAGCGAGCACCGGGUCAUCAUCAGGUACCGGAUUGUCUGGCUCGACAGCGGGCAUCGGGUCACCAGGCAUCAGGUCAUUUGGCUCGACAGCGGGCACCGGAUCAGGUACCGAUCAUCUGGAUCAACAGCGGGCAUCGAGUCAACUGGCCUAAUAGGAUCGUCAGGCUGGAUCAGUUCAUCAUGCUGGGUAGAGGCAUCAGGCUGAAUGCCGGCGUCCGGCCGAGUAGAGGCUUCAGGCCGAGUAGAGGCUUCAGGCCGAGUAGAGGCUUCAGGCCGAGUAGAGGCAU